CGGAGGCACGGGCAGAGAAGCAUGCCUGUUGAUGCGGGCUGGCCUUCUGUUGUUCCCGUCGUACUUGCGGGACGCAUCCCAGAACUGGCCCCGAGCGCCCCGAGAAGUACCGGAGCGGUGUGUGCCCGACGCGCGGGCGAAGCGUCGAGGGAGCGUCGCCUCCUGGGGCCCGACACGUGGAAACCCUUCAGUUUCGGUACGCUCUCGGUGCUCGCAAAUCUCCCUGGUGGCCAAGGCUCAAGCUGGUCGGAACAUCACAAGGGUGGCCAUCGGGAGCAAAUGAAGUGGGCAUCCUCCCAGGCAUGACGUGCGGCGCCUGCGUCGAGACCGUGCGCCGCGCGCUCGCAGGCGUGGAGGGCGCGCACAGUGCCACUGUCAGCCUGCAGGACGCCUCGGCGGAGGUCCUCUGCAAGCCCUCCAGCACGAUCGCCCACAGGAUUCGCUCUGCGAGGCGUGCUCCUGCAUCGGCUUCGACGCCCAGGCGGCGAACAGGCUCUGAGGGCGCGGGCGCGCCGCGCCUGCCGGCUCGCUCACCGAGGGCGCCGCGCUGCUCUCAAGUCGGGCGUGCCCCGCUGCAGGGGGCGUGUUCAAAACUAGUCAUGUUCACAGUGACACGCCUGGAAUUUCCAGAGCUGGCUCGGCUGUGUGCCUCAUUUCCCGCGCAGCUACCGUCACGGUGCACGCGGCCAGGCCGCUCUCUUGAGCGGCUCGAGCGCGGCAGGUUUCGUGUCAGGAAAGGCGCGCGGCUUCAGUGCGCAGCGCACGACGUGGGAUGAUUUUUUAGAAUCCCAGAGCCACGCGAACUCUCCGCGCUUAGGUUGUAGUCAGCGUCCCCCCCUCUGCUUCUCUGCUCCCCCCCUCCGCCUUUUCGCUUCCACUGCCC